AUGUCAAUUGAUUCAUCAAACCCGCUCAUCAGAACGUUCUGGUUGGGAAAAUCGGUUCAAACAUUAGAGAAUGGAAACGAAGACUCGGACAUACUAGUGAACGAAUCCUGGAAUUUAUGGGGAGAUGCCAUAAAUGCCAACGAUUUCUUCUGUGAAUAUGGUUUUCUGAGACCAAAAGCUAUUUGUAAUUUAUUCGAUAAAAAAUGUUAUUCAUUUGAUACCGCGGAAGCAGAACCUUUUACAAAAGCAGCGACAGAAAUUCAUAUUCUUGCACGGAAUGCUGCAAUAUUUCUGGAUUCAAGAAUUUCAACGCGGGAUAACUUGUAUAAGGAAGAAAAAUUAUGGAGCGGACAGGGUGUUGUGCUCGAAGAAAUUUUUAAUCUAUACAUCGAACAAGAUUUUUAUACCGCAUUGCUUUUAGGAACCUCCACCUUGGAAAAGGUACUAAGAGACAUACACGCGAUCGACAAAGAUGUAUCAAUUCCCAAUCUCAUUCGAGAUCUUUUGAUCUCUCCACCACUCGUUCGGUUGCUAGGAGAAGACAUCGUAUUUUUCCUUCGAUGUCUAAUCGGUCCUCCAAGUUCAAUUAAUCUAAGGAAUGUCCUUUGGCACGGUUUUAUUAGUCCCAAAGAGUUCUUGCCUGUCCCUGCUAAAUGGUAUUCUGCACUCAUCACAAUAACGAUUGUGACCGUGUGCUACAAGGUGAGGCGAGACGGUGGUAUGGAUUCAUUGAAUAAAAGAUGUGGAACGGACUUUGGUCGAUUUUUUCAUUUGGACUCACCACCUGACUUCAACGGUGGUGACAGCGACGGGGGGAAAGAUGCGGAUGUUGAUUUUGAUGUGAUAUACGAAAGCAUUAUGUAUGAACAAGCUAUUCCACCACGAUUCCCUCAUUGUUCUCUACUGAAGAAUCUACUUCUCCGCAACUUUUUCAUAUUGCCGUGCACACAAUCCAGCUGGGAACGUUCGCUAUACUUUUUAUCUCGAAACCGAUUAUUGUUAUUUUUAACCCUCACAUUGCCUCUCUUUGAACAUUGCUUGCGAAGAAUAUUUGUUUGCGUAAACAAAGGAGUACAAGAACAUCGAAUGAAUACAGUAGAAGUUGAGGGAUACUUUUUAACAUUGGAUAUCUUAUUGGAAAAGAAUGUUGAUUGGAUCUACUAUGGCAUUAAUGCAGAUGAUAAGAAUAUUGACGAGAUGCCAGAAAAUUUGAUAUAUGAAGAGCUUGAUGGUGGUACAAUGGAUCUGAUCCUCGAUUUAUUUAUCCAUGCGGAUGGUCCGAGGCUGAGAAAUCGUGUAGCUCACGGCGAAGCCAACCAUCUUAUAUCCUCGCUUGUAUCGUCCAAUCCGCUGUACUCAUAUUAUGUCAGUCUAUUGAUUGUAUUGUGGAUUAAAUAUCAUACCAAAUUGUUAUUGAUUAAAUCCAUGGAGCUCCAAGAAGAUGAAAUUGAAUCAUCCCGAAAUGAAGAUUUUCAAAAUGAUGUCAAUAUAGAGGAUUCCUUUGGGAUUUAUGAACGUUGGACAUCCACAUAUCAAUCACGAUUUCAUCCUGUUCCCAUGUUAUGGAAAGAAAGUUUACACUUGAUUAUUGGUAUUUGGAAAUGCUGGACAAUUGCGAAAAUGAUAGAAAAAACGGGAAGAUUUGUUUUAGGUGAUUGGAUCGAGUUUGUCUCUAGCGAUCAUUUCACGACCGCCUUUAAUGAUGACAUGACCUAUAAAGAUAUUGAAUUCGAAAAUUUGAGUGAUAUUGCUACCGAUUUCAAAAUUUUACCAGAAAGUCUGUUUCUGAGGCGAUUUUUGAAGGAGGUUAUUAAGGAGAACAGUAUUGUAAACAUUGUGCGAAUGUUUGGUGAGAAAAUCAAGACAAGAAGGUUUAAGAAUACAGAUGAUACCAAAAAGCCGAUUUUUUGGUGUCAAAGAAGGUUCACCAAGGAAGAUGCCAAGCUUGUUAAUUUUCAGAGAGUGGUGGUUGGUAAAGCUGAUUCUGGUGUUGAAAAGAUAAUUGAUGUAACAUUCUUAAAGUUACAAGAAAUCCUCAAAUCGAUACACACCUCACCAUCUCUUUCAUCACGUAAACGCAAAAACAUACAAUCUCUGUUCUCCUUAUUCCCUACGAUCAUGCUGAAAUUAUAUUUCGCGAUAUUCACGUUAGAAUAUUCGGUUAUCCUCGAACAACACAACUUGUCCACCACCGCUAAUCAACAAAAGCUCAUGUUGGCAGUACUGGUCUUUGUAGAAAGGUGGAGCGGUUAUUGCAUCGAAGGAAAAUGGAAGGAAAUCAGUGAGGCUUUUGAAGAAAUGAGAAGGCGUUGUGUUUGA